AUGACAACAAAUCCACCGCCGUAUGAUGAGAUAAAAAACUACGGUCCAGUAGCCGGAGGAGCUAUACCUCCAGAGAAUACCCCAUUAGUGUCUGGUGCUCCGAUUCAUUAUGACCAUUACGUUGCCGAUAAUGGAAGCGCCAACUUCACCUCUGGUGUUGGUUUCGACAACAACGACGUCCGACGACUUUUCAUCCGAAAGGUUUAUGCCAUCCUCUCUGUCCAGCUUAUAGUCACCGCUGGCUUCAUCGCUGCUUUUAUGAGCAGUGAAGAAAUCAAGGGUUACAUGCGAACAGAUGGAGCUCCAAUCCUCUACGCCAGUCUCGGUGUCUACAUGGUCACCUACUUCUGCCUCGUCUGCCCUUGUUGCAAUUUCCAGCGCAAGUUCCCUCUCAACGUUAUCAUGCUGUGUUUGUUCACCAUCGCCAUGUCUGUUGUUGCCGCCGCAGUUGCUUCGAGCUACAAUACUGAUGUCGUUCUGCUUGCCGCUGCAACUACUGCGACAAUUGUUCUUGUAACAUUCAUGACUAAAUUUGAUAUUACUAAAUUUUGGUACAUCGGACUCAUUGGUGGUUUGGCUAUGAUGUUCGUCUGGCCUUGGUUCUUCAUUCUCGGGGUUUCCGAAACAUCGUACGCUAUUUAUUGCGGCUUUGGGGUCAUGUUAUUCACCUUUUAUCUUGCCUACGACACGAAGACAAUCCUUGGCGGCGGUCGAAUGGAAAUCGGGCCAGAUGACUACAUCGUCGCUGUCGUUCAGCUUUACGUCGACAUCGUCCAAAUAUUCCUCUACUUGCUGAGAAUCUUCGGUCGCGCCGACUGA